GGCUGUCCGCGGUAAACCACAGUUUCGAAAGAGAUGCCUUUGGGCGAAUUGGGCCUCUCCUUUCUCCGCCUUCCAAAAACAAGUCGAACUCUCCGCCUCUCCUACGUCGCCAAUGCACUCAGACCGCUGCCUUUCUUCACGAAGAAUCUGGCGAGGGGGUCGGCAGCGGAACCAUGCUCUCACGGCUCAAGCCGGCUGUCGGGGGCGGCCCUCCGUCAGCUGACAAACGGAAAAAGAAAGGCAAGCGGAUUCCUCAGCUGGAAGAGCUGUUAAGCCAGCGAGACUUCACUGGGGCCAUCGCCUUGCUGGAGUUUAAGCGCCAUGUUGGGGAACAAGAAGAAAGUGCAGAUCUCUGGAUUGGAUAUUGUGCUUUCCAUCUGGGUGACUAUAAGAGAGCACUGGAGGAAUAUGAAGAUAUCACCAAGCGACCUGGCUGCAAUCCUGAUGUUUGGGUGAAUCUAGCAUGCACUUAUUUCUUUUUGGGAAUGUAUACACAAGCUGAACCAGCAGCCUUGAAAGCUCCCAAAAGUAGACUUCAGAAUCGACUGCUAUUCCAUCUAGCACACAAGUUUGGUGAUGAGAAGAAACUAAUGAGCUUCCAUCAGAAUCUGCAGGACAUAACAGAAGAUCAGCUUAGCCUGGCAUCUAUACACUAUAUGCGUUCUCACUACCAAGAGGCUAUUGAUAUCUAUAAGCGCAUACUACUUGAUAACAGAGAGUAUCUGGCCCUCAACGUGUAUGUGGCCUUGUGUUACUACAAGCUGGAUUAUUAUGAUGUGUCACAAGAAGUGCUAGCUGUUUACCUUCAGCAGGUUCCUGAUAGUACCAUCGCUCUUAAUUUAAAGGCUUGCAAUCAUUUCCGACUCUACAAUGGGAAGGCUGCUGAGGCAGAGCUUAAGAGUUUGAUGGACAGUGCCUCAACAUCCUUUGAAUUUGCUAAAGAACUUAUUAAGCACAACCUGGUGGUAUUUCGAGGAGGGGAAGGAGCUCUCCAAGUACUUCCUCCCCUUGUUGAUGUCAUUCCUGAAGCCAGAUUGAAUCUAGUAAUUUACUACCUCCGUCAAGAUGAUGUGCAAGAAGCUUACAAUCUGAUUAAAGAUCUAGAACCUACAACUCCACAGGAGUACAUCCUCAAGGGUGUUGUAAAUGCAGUCCUUGGACAGGAAAUGGGUUCAAGAGAUCAUUUGAAAAUUGCUCAACAGUUUUUCCAGCUGGUGGGAGGAUCAGCUAGCGAAUGUGAUACAAUCCCUGGGAGACAGUGUAUGGCAUCUUGCUUCUUUCUGCUGAGACAAUUUGAUGAUGUCCUAAUUUACCUCAAUUCAGUUAAGAGUUACUUCUACAAUGAUGACACUUUUAAUUUCAAUUAUGCCCAAGCCAAAGCUGCCACUGGCAAUACCACUGAAGCUGAAGAGGUGUUUCUCUUGAUUCAAAGUGAGAAAAUCAAGAAUGAUUUUGUUUACCUCAGCUGGCUAGCUCGCUGCUACAUUAUGAAUAAGAAGCCACGACUAGCUUGGGAGCUGUACCUAAAAAUGGAAACCUCAGGAGAGUCCUUUAGCCUUUUGCAAUUAAUUGCAAAUGACUGCUACAAAAUGGGCCAGUUUUACUAUUCUGCAAAAGCCUUUGAUGUCCUGGAAAGACUAGAUCCUAACCCUGAAUACUGGGAGGGCAAAAGGGGUGCCUGUGUUGGCAUCUUCCAGAUGAUCGUUGCUAAUAGAGAACCCAAAGACACCCUAAGGGAGGUGUUGCACCUCCUAAGAAGUACGGGUAAUCCACAGGUAGAGUAUAUUGUUCGUAUAAUAAAGAAGUGGGCAAAGGAAAACAGAGUCCCCCUUUAAAAGAACAUCACCAGAAACUGCCCUGCUAUACCAAGUUGGAGUAACAUGGUGUUUUCUAUUAUGAAAAAGUAACACUCUGAAGAGUUCUGUAUUUCUAUCUCACCAUUUUAAUCAAAGUUGUCGGAAAACCAUAUAUUUAUGUGGAGUAUCUCACUGUGACUUCAGUUAUACAACAUGUCUCAGGUCCCAUUUUGUUUCUACUACAACUCCUAGCUUUCAGCUGUUUCAGGUGUGUGCCUUUAGCAGUACUUGUACUGAGACAACUGGCAAACUGGCCUGUACUGUGUACUACUGAGCCAUAGCAGAGCACAAAAUAUACUUAAGAUCUGCAAAUCACAUUUACAGAACUCAUCAGGAACAGCAUUUCUGAAUCAUUACAAAAACUGGAAAUGGCACAUAGUAAGAAUGUAAUAUGAUCUGUUUUUUAUUUUUAUGGCCUGAUGCACAUUGGAGGCAAACCUAUGCAGAGAAUAGUCUGUUUCUAGCAGCAUCGUGUACUGUUCUCUUUGCCUUUCCACAAUAUUUUCCUUCUGUUUAAAGCAUGGUUGCAAAUCUUAUGAUGCUAAACUGAAAGGCACCUGCUUUGCCCUUGCAGAUGCUUGUAAGUAGUUUCAAAAAGGGAGUCCUUUUGGAGAAUGUAUUGUUUAAUUACUAAAUAAAUAUUGUAAAUAGACACACAAGAAAAUUCAUAGUACAUACACAUUAUAAAAUGCAUAGCACACACUAUGUAAAAUUUGUAUAAAAAUAGAUCAGUUGUUUUUCAUGCUGUCCAUUCUUUAAAGAAGAGGUUUGUAAUCAGCCCCAAACUUUAAUUAUGGGGUGAAAUCCAAAAAAUAAAAUAACUUAUGAAACAAUUCAUUAUGCAUUAUGUCUAAUGCUUUGUAAAAAGAAGAUUCAACCUCUAAGUUGAAUAUAUGAAUAAACUGAAUACUAUAUUGAUAUAUAUCAUGACAGUUUCAUUUGCUGAAAAUAGAACAAUGGAACAAGCAAUACAUAGGUAAAGAUAAUACCAGACUUCCUUUGUUUUGGAAACUAUACAAUAGAGAAAUGUGUUUUUAAGGUAAUUUUUUUAAUAGCUAUGUUUUGCUUUGCCUUCAUUUUUAAAGAGCUCUGUGUUCUCAAGAACACACUAUUCCUCUUUUGCAAAAUAAGAAUGCAUAAGUAUGCAAGUGGUAGGAAGGAUUUUGUUGGCUAUUUGUUGUUCAUCCAGUUGUCUUCUGAUUGUGUGAUUGGUUUUUGAUGCAAUUGGUCUCUGAUACCAAUGUUGCAACUCCCUUUGCCUUGUCUCUUGACUAUUUAGGUAACAGUCUCUUUAAACCACUACAUGAAUAAAUGUGUUUUCUUUAAUAAUCUUCACUUAGU